AUGGAGAGGCUCUUGGGGCUCUUCAGCAAGGCGCGGGGGCCGCCGUCCGGCGGCGCUUCGCUGGCCUGCGUCCGCGCUGCCUACGAGCUCCGCGAGGAGGAGCUGGGCAAGCUGCACCGCGCGGCCGCCAGCGGCGACCUGGCGCGGCUGCGGCGGCCGCGGUGGCUGCCGAUCCUCGGCAUCGACGGUCGGGACAAGGCGAAGCGGACACCUCUGCAUCUGGCUUGCGCUAAUGGACAUUCGGAGGUUGUGUCCUAUUUGGUAGAAAAGAAGUGCAAGCUGGAUCCUCGUGACGGCUUCAAGAGAUCGCCGCUGAUGAAGGCGGUGCAGUGCCAGCAAGAGCGAUGUGUUGCCAUUCUGCUAGCGCGUGGUGCCAACCCUAACCUUGCCGAUGCUAACGGCAACACUGCCCUUCACCUCGCUGCCAUUGCUCCUAGCACCUCUCUGGCAGGGCAGUUACUGGAGCACAACGCGCACGUUGAUGCGCAGAAUAAGAUGGGCUACACUCCCCUUGCUCUUGCUGUGACCGAACACCACGAGGAGAUGGUGGAGUUCCUGCUCCGAAAAGGAGCUGACGUGCACGCUCGAGAUCAGUCUGAAAGGACGCCUCUUAUGCUUGCUGCUUCUGCUGGGCACACGAGCAUGAUAGAAGUUCUUCUUCGCUACGGUGCUGAUCCUUCCGAGAAAGACGUUCUUGGAUGGACAGCGGAGAAGUAUGCUCAAAUUUCCGGGCAUGCUCGUGUUAGUCAACACCUGGCAGAGAGUGCAGCCGAGGAGAAGGCGGGAGAAGCUUCUUCAGGCGGUGCAAGGGACGAGGCAGUGCUUAGCACGCCUGCCGGAGCAGGAGCUGCUGCUGUCUCUGCACUGGGUGCUUGUGCUGUGGCCAGCGGAGUGUGGCAGGAAGAGGAGAGCGAUGACAGCUGUCCUGCUUCUGAGAAAGCAAAACGCAGUUUAGCUGCCAAGGUUCCUCGGGUGUGCUUUGUGGGAGGGGGCUGGGGUUUGCUCAAGCAGGUCUCUUUUCCCCCCAGCCAGUUGCGGUGUGUGGCCAUGGGACUGUGCAGUGAUGAGGACUCCGAGAGUGAUGCUGGAACCCAGCCUGUACUGCAGGAGGUGGAGGCGUGUUUGGAAGCAUCCCCUGAAAGGGAUGGAGUAGUGGCUAGUGGUGGUCCUGAAGUGGCCCAUACUGCAGCAGCCCCUGCUGAUGUGAGAGGUGUUACAUCGGCAGCAGGAGUGGAGCAGGAGGAAGAGAGCGACUCUCCCUGGGAUUCGGAGGUGCUUUCAGUGUCUGCAAAGGAGGGAGGGAAGCGUGAAGGACACGAGGCUGCUGCCACAAAGACAGACUUUGAGGGUGACAGACAGGUGACUGUGUUAAAGACGUAUGAAGGUGUUAGCGUUCCUCGGGUGUGCUUUGUGGGAGGGGGCUGGGGUUUGCUCAAGCAGGUCUCUUUUCCCCCCAGCCAGUUGCGGUGUGUGGCCUUGGGACUGUGCAGUGAUGAGGACUCCGAGAGUGAUGCUGGAACCCAGCCUGUACUGCAGGAGGUGGAGGCGUGUUUGGAAGCAUCCCCUGAAAGGGAUGGAGUAGUGGCUAGUGGUGGUCCUGAAGUGGCCCAUACUGCAGCAGCCCCUGCUGAUGUGAGAGGUGUUACAUCGGCAGCAGGAGUGGAGCAGGAGGAAGAGAGCGACUCUCCCUGGGAUUCGGAGGUGCUUUCAGUGUCUGCAAAGGAGGGAGGGAAGCGUGAAGGACACGAGGCUGCUGCCACAAAGACAGACUUUGAGGGUGACGGACAGGUGACUGUGUUAAAGACGUAUGAAGGUGUUAGCGCUGAAGAAGAGCGUGAUGAAACACAGAGAGCGCUUCCUCAAGAGAAGAGUGCCAGAGCCCUACGAGAAGAAAUUUUGAACAGCCCUGCUUGGAGACGGAAGGGCCCAGAAGAAGAAAGAAGAACUCUAGUGAAAGUUUCAGAGGUGUCGGGCAGCAAUGCGAGAGAAAAGGAGCUGUUGUACAAGCAUCGAUUAGUACGAGAUGAGAUUGCCGUACUAAGACUCGAGGCUGAUCAAGAAAGGCGCAGGAGCCAGGAGGAAGAAGCAAAACAUUUAGGGUCAAAUGGGACCUUGAAAGAAAAGAAUGAAGAUCUUCGAAAGGAACUUAGGCUGAACGAGGAGGCUUUAACACGAACCGUUCGUCGGUACAACGGGCAGCUGAACUCAGUAAAGACGGAAUCGGCAGUGCUGACUGGCAAACUGGAGCAGGCAAAAGAAAGCAAAGAUCAACUGGAGGCAGAGGUGGAAUCGCUGCGCUCCCGCCUGAGCUCUGCUCUUGAGGAACUUGAACGUCAUGAGGCAUCGAAAAGCAAUGUUGAGCAAACGUUUCAGAGAGAGCGUGACGAGUGGCUUCGUUUGCAGGACAAGCUCCGUCGUGACCUCUGUGAUGCGCGAGACGCUAGCGAGAGCUUGUCUCAGCAGCUGAGCAAAGCUGAGAGCAAGGCUAGUAGUCUAGAAAGUGAACUUCACCAACUGAAAGGGAGGCUUAGAGAAAGAACAUUGCUUUCAGAAGUGGUGCCGAAAGACUCAAGUCCAGCGCAAAGUCGGGCGAAGGAAUGUGACCGUGCUCGCCAGCUUGAGAAAGAUCAGGGUAUGGCCGGACAGGUGCAGCAGGAGGUUACCGACGCUCUUGAAAAGCGGUCGACGUCAGAAGCUUUGCUGGCGGUUGCCACGCGUUAUCUCAGGGACCUGGAAGAAGACAAACUGCGGCUGCAGAAGGAGCUGGUCAGGGUUAAAGGCAAGCUGCAGGAGUUGGAAGAACAGCGCGUUCAGUCCGAGCGUUGUGCUCAGGAUUUGAAGAGGGCCCUGGAAGACGAGCAAAGGGAAGCGAUGGCUUCUUGCCGGCAACUGCAAGACCUUCCGGAAGCCUCCUCGGGCUCCUCGGGAGCCAUUAGCCGGAAGGAUGUGGAAGAGCGAGUGGCACGGCUUGAACAGGCAAAGGCCAGCCUGGAAGGCAGAGCCCAGGAACAGACUGCUCGCCUGGAAGCUCUUCAGGAAGAGCUGCACAGCUCAGCCUCUGUUCAUAAUGGCCUGGAGGACCUGAUGCCUGGCUUAGGGACAAGACGGGUGCCUUUGGGGGAAGACCAAAAUCAGCAGUGUGAGAGCAACGGAAAGUCCGUGAAGAAGCUGGCAGAGUGGGAACAACCAGCAGAAGCCCGCCUGGAGGAAGAAAUGCAAAGAAACAUCGAAUUGCAGAAAGAGUGCAACAGGUCCAAGAGGCUCCUGGAAACAGCUAUGAAGAAACUGAGGGCGUAUGAGAGGCGAGAGAGUGAGUCCCAGUUGGAUUUCCAGAGCAAAACAGAGGGCGCAUGUUCUGGAAAGGGCGAUGAAGUUGGUAGAUUAAGAGCAAAGGUCCACGAACUUUCCAACUGGCUGGCAAGAGAGCGGAGAAGAUCGAGGCAGCUAGAGAAAGCAAAUGAAGGUUUGCGAGAAGAGUUGGCCUGGAUGCACGGAAGCCGCGAAAGUCUGCGGAAGAGCAAGCGGCUGCUGGAAGAAGAGGUGGUUGCCCUCAGGCGUCAUUUAGAGGCCAAGAAGAUGGAUCCCAGGCACAGUGAAGACUAUAGAAGGGAGAUUGAAGAAAGAGCAGAGCAAGAGCUAAGGCAAAAACUGGAGGAAGUCAAUCUCUUUCUGCGCACACAGGCAGCCACCCAGGAGCGAGUGGAUCAGAUCAGAGCCGCUACUGAAGCUUCCACGGUAGGCCGACUGCAGCGGAGAGUUAGCGAUUUAGAAUGGGAACUGGCCCUCACAAAACGCCUGCAUCGAGCCAGAGCUCGUGAGAGGUUUGUGGAAGCCGUUGCCGCACCUGCUCAUGAGCGCUGCAGAAGCCACUCUCUGCUGAUGAACCCAGUGGGCAAUGCUUCCUCUGUGGAAGAGCGAGUGGAAGCUCAUAUGGCUGAGUCGCUUCUAGGGGUCUCGGCCUGCAUCGUGAUGAACCCUCACAAGCCUUAUGUAACGGUGUAA